AUGGAGAGUCUGAACAUUUUGCUCCGUGACAGCCUAUUCGGUCGGCUGCUCAACUAUGCGUCAAAGGGGCGAUUUUUCUCCUACAGUGUAUCUCAGACCCUCAAGGAUGAAGAACUACCAAGCCCAAACUCUCAGGGGCAGAUUAUAGUAGGCUUUGUUGGUCCUGAUGAUAAAGACAUGCCACAUAACUGGCCCGCGCUGGCAAGGAUGGUCGCCGGACUCAAUGUAUUGCUCUUGAACUUCAGUUUUUAUGCAGCAUCGGCACUCUUUACGCCGAGUGUCUCGGGUAUCGAAGAAGAAUUUGGAGCUACCGCUGCGGAGGGCACACUGGGGCUUUCGCUCUUUGUUAUUGCAUACGGCAUUGGGCCUCUAAUUCUUUCUCCUCUGUCAAGCCUGCCGACACUCGGGCGUUCGCCGGUAUAUGUCCUUGGCUGCCUUGCUUUCUGCUUGUUCAACAUUGGAACAGCUCUGGCAAAAAACCUACAAACCGUUCUAGUACUACGGUUUUUCGGGGGCUUUGCCGGAAGCACGCCUAUCAGCGUUGGUGGCGCCUCGCUAAUGGAAAUCUUCAAGCCAAAUGAGUUUCCCUAUGCAAUUGCGUUUUACGCAGUUAGCGGAGUUUGCGGGCCUGUUCUAGGACCGAUCCUUGGAACCCUGGUAAUAAAGCGCUGGAAUACCUGGACAGCAACGUUAUGGCUCCUUUCUGGUAUCGCGGCUUUCACGACCGUAUCUACUUUCUUCUUUCUACCUGAGACGCUGUCCGAGAAUAUCCUUCUACGACGAGCAAAGCGCCUUCGUGAGCAGACAGGCAAUCCUGCCUACUAUAGCGAAGCUGAAAUCCAAUCACCAACCACAAAUCUCGCUCUACGCAUUGUCAAGGACAUGGGCGAUGAUCUUAAGCUUGCCUGUCUGGACCCAGUGAUUUUAUUUGUUAACAUGAACACGAUGUUGGUUUAUGGUGUCCUGUACCUUUGGUUUGAAUUCUUCCCAUUUGUUUUUGACGGCAUUUACCAUUUCACUGCAAUCCAGCAAGGCCUUGCCUUCUUUGGUAUCCUCGUUGGAGCAGCAGUUUCAGUGGUUGGAUACAUUCUGUGGUUAUACUAUUCAUACCAGCCACGAUUGGCGGAUCCAAACAUCGUUGUUGAGCCAGAGGCUCGCCUGGUACCUGGACAGAUAGGAGCUCUUUGCAUUCCGGUUUGUCUAUUUAUCUUUGCAUGGACAUCCCGAGAAAGCGUACACUGGAUCGCCCCGAUAAUUGGAACAGCAUUCUUUGCACCAGGCUUCUACCUCAUGUUUCAAUCCGUCCUUAACUACCUAGGCGAAUCCUAUCCGCGCCAUGCGGCAAGUGUGUUUGCCGGUAACACCUUCUUCCGAAGCUCUUUUGGAGGAGCACUGCCGCUGGCUGCACCACGCAUGUUGAAAUCACUUGGAAUUGGAUGGGCCUCGAGCACGCUUGGGUUCAUCUCAAUUGCCAUGGUGCCCUUACCUUUUAUUUUGCAACGGUAUGGCAAGAAACUGCGUUCUUGGAGCCGAUUUGCGAACUGA